GGGAAGACAACGCUGAAUCCUUAAGUCCCUCAAACACUGCAAGUAACAUCGACUACAGAGGAGGGCAUUUUUGCAUUACGUUGCUUUUAAAGCACUGACGGCUUCUCUGAAUAUUGGGUAAGAUGGUUAGAUUGGACUUUGGUGAUGUACUUCUGCGCAGGAUGCAGGAGAAGGACAUUGAUGCUGUAAAGGCUCUCAUCAAGGAAGGAUGUGAGGGAACGGAGAACCGCCUGAUUCUUUACCUUCUGACUCGUCCUCUCGCUCUCCUCAUGCUGGCUAUCCUCUCCUCCAUCCUCCGCUGUGUACUGCACUCUUUUAUCUUGGCCUUGGUCGUUCCCGUCUUCAUCUUCAUCAUCUACUUCAAACUCACCAUACCGCGGUCGGUGGGCAUCUUGGGCUCCAGCAGGCCAUACUGGGACUACGUGGGCAGCAGUUACCAUGCAGACACAGAGCCAGAUCUACCCAAUCCUCACGCUGGCAGAGCCAAACUGGAGAAAACCAGGCGGCGUAAAAAACCCAAAGAAAAGGAGAAGGACAAGAUGAAUGAGAGAGAACAGGUGGAUGAGGAUGAGCUGAAGGAGAGGGCAAAGGUUGCUGGUGAGGUGUGGGUGGCGGACUCUGAUGGGGAGAUUAUGGGAUGCGUGGCUAGAGACGGUUGGAGUCGGGACGGUGUAUGUAGGAUCUGCAGGCUGAUGGUCCAGAGUUGGUACCGCAGGGAGGGGCUGGGCAGACUGCUGGUGCAGGGACUGGAGUCCAGAACAAAGCAGAGUGGCAUACAGCGGGUCUAUGCCCAUGUGCCAUUUCCAUCCAAAGUGGGAGAAGCUUUCUUCAGGAGGCUGGGUUAUCGUCUGCAGGGCGAGACUGCAGGGACUACUGGAGAGGAGGAGGAGGAGGAUGAUUAUGAAGAGCCAGAGAAGGGUUGGUUGGGUUUCCCUUUAACUAAAGUGUUUGUUAAGGAUCUAUAAGUCACACUGAAACAGGAACGAAAGGCUUUCUUUGCUAGACAAGGCAACACAUCAUUUAAGGAAUAUUCUGGGUUCAAUACACAUUAUGCUCAAUAAACCUGCGGUGUAAUGUUAAUGGUGACCACAAAAAAUAAUUUUUGACAUUUAAACAAAAUAAAUAAAUAAAAGUCAAAUUCAAGGUAAUGGUGAGGCAGACAGUAGGAGAAAAAUGGGGCCAAUUUUUGGAUUUAAAAGUAAAAAUGUGAAGCUAAUAAUUUUAUAAAAGCACUCAUUCUACAGUCUUUCAUGGUUUAUGGAGUAAUAUUGAGAAUAUUGAGA